AUGAAGAAGGAUCUAAACUAUUUAAGCUUGAAUGAUUUAUUGAAAUGGAAAAAUGCCCAAGAAAACCACCACAAGCAAAUAUCAUUUAUAAAAUCCUCCCACUCAAGUAUAGGAGGAGAAAAGCCAAAGUAUUUCCCUUACUAUGAGCAUUUUAAAACAAAUAGGCUGCUAGAAGAGAAAGGUAAUUUUCAUUAAGAAUUUGUGGAGCGUGUACAGCAAGAAAAUGCAAAAAUCCUGAAAAAAUUGAAAUUUAUUAUAAAAUCGCCUCCAAGGCUUAGAAUUACUGAGCCAAGCAGUCCAAUUAAUGUUGGAAAUGCUGGUAUGAGAAUUGAAAGAGAAAAUCGAAUAAAAACUGAUAAUUUUUCGUUUGCUCAAAGAUUGUCUAAUACACACAGUGUGCUAUGCUUUGAACAAUAUGAAAAAGACUUCAAAAAUCACCUUAAAUAUAGUGAAUUAAGGAGGAGAAUCAAACUUCCAAAACUCCCUGAGAUUUCUCGGACUAGCAAGCCUACAACAAAAGCUAAAAGUUCGCCAAAUGUCGAAGCUGCCCCAUUAAGCAUAAAGGUAGUUGAACAAAUUGACCAAGAUUCUUCUGGAAACGGAUUCUUUUUGACAAGCACUGAUCCAGAAGCCCUUUAA